AUAAUUGGAAAACUCGUACCCAAAAUCAGUCUUUUGGCAUCUUUUUCAUUCCAUGGUUUUGCAGUCCCGAAAUGCACAAGCUUGGAACAUUUUUUUUGUCCGCCCUUGUUGCGUGCAAUCUUUACGGAAUAGUUAGGUCCCAGGAUGAGACCUGUUCGGUUUGUGUCCUGAAGGAUGCCCCAUCGCAAUGUGGGGCUUACUGUUUUGGAGUACUUCAACCUUUGGGUGAUGAAAUCGAAAGUAUCCAGAAACAAAUUAAGUUGCAAGUUACAAACCACAAAACAACUCUAGCGAUUCUGGACACCAUGCAAAAAAAUACCCAGGAGGUUCAAAAGGAAAUGCUUAUGUUUCUGGAUCAAAUAAAACUCGAAACGAAUGAAAGACUGGACAGAAUUGAGGCCAUGAUCGAGAGAAGACCGGUAGUAACUGAGGCACCGAAAACGAACAUUAUCCCACCAGGAUUUGAACGGAUCGGAGCCCGAUACUUCUAUAUCGAAGAAGGAAUACAGAAAAGCUGGAUUGAUGCAAAAUUCUUCUGUCUAGAAAAAGGAGGAUACUUGGCAGCCAUCCAAAAUCAAGAAGAGUUCGAUGCCGUCGUACUGAAACUCAAGGAAAACCAUCGUUACUGGCUGGGCAUAAACGAUAGAAGCGUUGAAGGGGUCUAUCUAUCUGAGGCUUCCGGAAAUAUGGCGCCAUUUCUUAAAUGGUUUGCCGGAGAUCCCGACAACAGAGAGAACUACGAGAACUGCGUUGGCAUUGCUCUCAGAAAAGGAAUGGCUGAUUGGCCGUGUUGGUUUGCUUUUAAUUUCAUUUGCAGUUUGGACAACACUGUCUAGUUGGAAACAAAGAAUAUUCCAAUAAAUAAAUUCUCUAAGAUUAUACAAACAUUGUUAACAUUAAAGUUCCUUCUCAAUGUUUUUAUAA